UAAUGUUGUGGGGCUGAGCCAGAGCAGCAGCCACUGCCUUUUUAGAGGUAAGAAAAUGAGCUCUGUUUGUGAAGUUACGGAGAGGAUCAAGACCCUUGACAUGAAAAAAAGCCUUUGUUGUGUUUCGCCAAAGCAACAGCGAGACACUUAACAGGGCUAAUAUUGAACUUAAACAGCACUUUCAUUAAAGUUGCAUCUGUUGUCGCUAGCAUUAAGCUAACACUGGGGAGAAGAGCUGCAGCCUGCACGCGUUUGAGUUUCACUCCCUGGAUGAACAUUUAUGACACCGUUUGGAGCCGACAGUGACACGACAUCCUGAAAUUUGGAGUUUCCAUGAUUUUCGUACAGUAAUCUAAAACAUGAUUUAUUCCAGAGGAGUAACCUAUUUGGAAAGACUGUUUGAAUGACAAUUGGUGACAUGUCUUGUCCUGAAGACAUUUCAUAAACCAUAAGUGAUAGUGCCAUUAUCAGCACUUUCCUUUGCCAUGGGUCUCUGCACAUCAGUCUGUAAGAUAUUGCGUCGUGGGAUAUUUUUGCUGCUAUUUCUGACGUUAUCAGUGCUGGCCUGGAUAGCAACAUUUUCAGGGGAUACUUUUAAGAGUAUCCAGGUUUCUUCUACCACACCACGGACUAUUGUAAAAGGAGACACUCUGAGGGAGAAACUAAUAGUUGCUACAGUGGUGGCUAAAAAUGUGCCAACAAUCCCUCCAAAGCAUGACUGCCCGAAAGAGUCUCCACUUCUAAAGGGAGCCAUGAAGUUGACAUUUGAGUCCUCUCUGACGCUAAAGGAAGUAGAAAGUGAGAACAAAGCAGUGGCACAGGGCGAGUUUGAGCCCAAAGAGUGUAAUGCAAGACAGAGCGUGGCCAUCCUCAUUCCUCACAGAAACAGAGAGAGACAUCUGCUCUACCUCCUGCACCACCUCCACCCCUUUCUACAACGCCAGCAACUUCACUACGCUAUCUAUGUCAUCCAGCAGGCUGGAGAUGCAACUUUUAACCGAGCUAAGUUGCUAAAUGUUGGCUAUUUGGAGGCUCUGAAGGACCAUAGCUGGGACUGCUUCAUUUUUCAUGACGUGGACCUGGUGCCUGAAAACGAUCAUAAUUUAUAUUUGUGUGACAAGCAGCCCAAACACUUGGUGGUCGGCCGUAAUGCAACGGGAUACAAAUUGCGUUAUAAAGGAUAUUUUGGCGGUGUCACAGCCCUGACUAAAGACCAGUUUAUUCAAGUGAAUGGGUUCUCAAACACUUACUGGGGCUGGGGUGGAGAGGAUGAUGAUCUUCGCAUUAGGGUGGAAUUACAGAAAAUGAAAAUUGUGCGGCCUCCUGCUGACAUUGCUCGCUACACAAUGGUUUUCCAUAAGAGGGACAGUGGAAAUGAAAUAAAUAAAGACAGGAUGAGGUUGCUGGGCCGAACCCCUCGGGUAUGGAAAAAGGACGGACUGAAUAGCUGCUCAUAUAAGAUGCUGUCUGUUGAGAGGAUGCCUCUUUAUGUGAAUGUAACUGUGGACAUCGGGAAGCCAAGCUGACGUUUAUUUAGCCUGGGAUGGCUGCUGUGACCAAACCUUUCUUACUUUGUUUUAAACAGAGUGUGCAAGUGAACUCAGAUGCCACAUUUUAUACCUAAACACUCAAACUUUUAUUGUUUUAUUGUAGAGGGUAACAGAACAAUUUAACACAUACACUGACACAUGUUUUUUCUUGUCACUACAAAACUGCAUCCAUCACAUACCAAUGAAAAAAUAUAUAUAUGAGAAGCAGUUCAAUAUAGAUUUAAAAUCUAUGCCUUAUAGUCACUUUGAUUUAUGUCACACUUGAGUUUACAUUGUUUUAUUUUUUUUUUUUUUUUGUUUUUAUGUUUUAUUAUACUAACUUACAAAUGCUAAAUGAGAUUCCUAUUAACAUUCUGCCUUCAUGGCUCUUUUUGUUCUUACUUUUACAUAUCCCAUUGAUUUGAAAUGCACCUUUUGAUGUCUGACUGAAGAGGGACAUGUAGAGCCAGAAUCAAGCAGCAUCUGGUUGUGAUCAUCUGGAAUGUUAUGUAACUCUGCUGAACUCCAUAUGUUAUUUGUAUGUUAAAAGAGCCUUAUGUACCUCGGGUGAUGGGAAUAAGUGUAUUUAAUACUAAACUGAUAUAAUGAUGAUAUAUAAUAUAUAAUAUAAUGAUAUGAUCUAGGACAAAUUUUUGUUACUUUUACACAAAACAAUGUGUACAAUUUACAUGAUCAUUCCUUUGAUCCUUGCAUGCUGCUUAGAAAGAAACGCCUAAAUAUAUGAAAUUUUGUAGCUGUUGAAUGUAUUAUUUAUAUUUUGUUAAAAAAAAACAAAGUUAUUCAAAAAACUACUUGAAUCUUAAUAGCAUAAAUCCACUAUAAAAUUAUAGUGGAUUUAUGCCAUUUAUAUAUGCAUUUUAUAUUUACCCCUGACUGAAUACUUUUAAUCAGAAAAGGUGAUCAAAUGUGGUAUUGUUUAGUUUAGUUUACUUUCUGUUCCAGAAUGUGAUUUUAACAUUAUGCCUGUAGCUUUGUGAGAGUGGAUGUUGGUAUGCAAGUUUGGGUGUUGGGUUUUAGGUUUGUUCUUUUUUAUUUUCUUUGAUAAUAAAAUGAUCAAAGGAAAUUUCACUAAAACAUUUCACUAAUAAGAACUCUUUUCACAAAAUGUGAAUAAAUUGUAUUUUCCUGA